AUGGUAUUAGAUGACUACCAGUUGUCUCCCAAGCUUGCAAGAGCUAGGUGUAUUAGCAUUUUAAGAAGAAGGAGGUUGAAUAAACAUUUAAAUAUUGAUGAAAUUGGUAUAUAUAACGAUUAUGGUUCUCAACCGUUCCUUCCUCUUAAGAGAACUGCUUCAGCUGUUUCUGAUGGGAGUCUUAAUGGCUUGGUAGGAACUCAUAAUGGGUCUUCAAUUGCUACCGGUGGGGAUAAAUUCAAUACACAUCACUCACACCUACAUAUUAACUCUAACUCUAAAGUUGACAAGGGAAAAGUUGUUAUCUCUAUGAACAUUGCUGGUCAUGAUUCUGUUCUCUGCUCUAAUAGAUCAAUAGAUACUUCAUCCAUUUCAAAUAAUAGUGAGAGUUGUACUAUAAUUAAUCACAAGUCUUACACCAAGCAAUCAAAUAAAACAAUAAGGAAUGUAUGCAGAAGCAACAAUGAAAUGUUCUUAUCCUGUGAUAAUUAUCAUGGUCACUCAUCCAACCUUCCAAAUGGAUUCUGCUAUGAUUCUAAUGCUCCAGAACUAUAUGAACAUGAAGAAGAAGAUGCCUUUGACGACGUUAAUCUGGGAAGCAAUAUCUCUCUGGAUUUUGACGACAAUGACUUUAUAGAUCAGGAAGGUGUUACCCCACUCGAAAGUGACGAGUUAGUUCUUGAUGAGGAAGCUUUCUGGGAUGUUGGUGAUCCUUCUCAUACAUGUAUAUAUUGUAAAGCUUUGAUGUGGGACCAUGAAAAACUCUCAAAGAGUAUUAAUAGUGCCACUCCCCAUUUUGGUUUGUGUUGUAUGGAUGGGAAAGUUGAGUUGCCCUUAUUGAAACAAGCUCCAGAAAAUCUUCAGCAGCUCCAUUUUUUAGAUGAUGCAAAGGGUCGAUACUUUCGAAAAAAUAUUAGGGCAUUUAAUUCAAUGUUCUCAUUCACAUCAAUGGCUGGUAAGAUUAAUCAUCAAAUUAACAAUGGGUCUGCUCCUCCAUCUUUUAGCUUGAGUGGCCAGAACUAUCACUCUAUUGGAAGUCUCAUUCCGCAAGCGAAUGAGAAACCAAAAUUUGCACAACUCUACAUAUAUGAUACUGACAACGAAGUUCAAAAUAGGAUUAGUGCUAUUCGGCCACUAGCUUUGGUUGGUAAUCUCGAAGUUGAGAUUGUUGGUAUAAUAAAAAAAAUUUUAGAUGAUAAUAAUCCUUUGGCAAAGUCAUUCCGAUAUGCUAGGGAUAGAUUCACUGAGCCACAUUCUAUUAACAUGAAGUUAAAAUUGAUUAGGCGAAGGGAAAAGGAUGGUCGACGAUACAACUUGCCUACUGCAUCAGAAGUUGCAGCAUUGGUAGUUGGUGACAUCGAUGAAUCUUUAUUGGAGAGAGAUAUUGUACUUGAAACUAAUUCGAAACAGCUAAAGAGAAUUGAUGUUAUUCAUCCACUGUAUUUGGCUCUACAGUAUCCUCUUAUUUUCCCAUAUGGUGAGGAUGGAUAUAGAACUGGAAUAUUAACAGCUUCUCGAUAUAAUGUUGAUGGUAAAAAAAAGAGGAAUACAAUUAGCAUGAGGGAGUUCUUUGCAUUUCGACUCCAAAUGAGAUCUACUGAAUCAAAUAUUUUGUUGAGUUCACGUAGGUUAUUCCAGCAGUUCUUAGUUGAUGCAUACACUAUGGUGGAGUCUGAGCGCCUUAGUUACAUACGUUUUAACCAACCUAAAUUGAGGGUUGAAAAGUACAACUUAUUACAUGAAUGCUUGGUCAGGGGUGAAGCUAAUGCUGUAUCAACCGGUCAAAGGGUAAUUCUUCCAAGCAGUUUUACUGGUGGACCUAGAUACAUGUUCAAUAACUGCAAAGAUGCAUUUGCAAUUUGCAAGCAUUUUGGCUAUCCAAGUUUUUUUGUCACUAUGACAUGCAAUCCUGAGUGGGAUGAGAUAAAGCGUUUACUAAGAGGUACUGGCCUUAAAGCAGAGGAUCGUCCUGAUAUUACAUCAAGAAUUUUCAAGAUUAAGCUAAAUAAGUUGAUCAGAGAUUUUAAGUAUGAUGACAUUUUUGGAAAGAUUUCUGCAUAUGUAUGUACUAUUGAAUUUCAGAAGAGAGGCCUUCCUCAUGCUCAUAUUCUUUUGUUCAUGCAUCCUCUUUCAAGGCCAAGGUCUCCUGAUGAUAUUGAUAAGUUGAUAUCAGCCCAAAUACCAGAUAAACAUAGAAGACCUAAAUUAUAUGCUGCUGUUGAGAAAUUCAUGGUUCAUGGUCCAUGUGGGAAGCAUAACAAGAAUAGCCCUUGCAUGGUAAACGGAAUGUGCUCCAAAUAUUUUCCCAAAUCAUUCAGAGAACAUACUGUUAUUGAUGAAGCUGGGUUUCCAAAGUAUUGUAGGCCAGACAACGGACGCACCAUUAACAAAAAGAGUGCUAUUCUUUCUAACUCUUUUGUUGUCCCUUAUAACCCAACUUUGUUGUUAAGGUAUGGAUGUCACAUUAAUGUUGAACAUACUUGCCAGACUUCUGCAAUCAAAUAUUUAUUUAAGUAUGUUCACAAGGGCAAUGAUCGUGUAACAGCUUCAUUUUAUCAGACUUCAGAUAAUGGUCAUGUUUCUCCUAUUGUAGAUGAGAUUAAAAACUAUUAUGAUUGUAGAUAUAUAUCAGCAUGUGAAGCUGCUUGGAGAUUAUAUGGCUAUGAUAUACAAGUAAAGGAGCCUGCGGUUAUCAGACUUCCAUUUCACUUACCAGAUGAAAAUCCUAUUGUUUUUAAGGAUUACGAGAAUAUUCAAGAUGUCAUUAGCCGCGCUGAGACGAAGUUAACAAAAUUGCAAUCAUGGUUUAUUGUUAAUAAGUUCUUUCCAUUUGCCAGGUCUUUGACCUAUUGUGAAUUUCCGCGUAAAUUUGUUUGGAAGGAUGACAUCUCGAUGUGGAUUCCUAGAAAACAAGGUUUUUCUAUUGGUAGAUUGACACAUGUACCUAGAGGCAAUGGUGAGGAUUAUUAUCUGAGACUUCUUCUAAACAUUCAAAAGGGUUGCACCAGCUUUGAAGACUUACGUACUGUUGAUGGUGUUGCACACUGUAGUUUCAAAGAAGCAUGUUAUGCAUUAGGUCUUCUACAAGAUGACAAAGAAUUCAUUGAUGCUAUUAUUGAAGCAAGUACAUGGGCUUCAGCUAACUAUGUUCGUGACCUUUUUGUCAUGCUUCUGAUAUCCAAUAACAUUGCUUGCCCUGAUUUUGUCUGGGAUAGAUGCUAUAAAGAAUUGUCUGAGGAUAUCUUAUUUGAACAAAGAAGGAUUCAUCAUUUGGAAGAUCUUCAAUUGUCUGAUGAGCAGAUCAUGAAUUUGACACUUGCAAAGCUUGAGGACAGAAUGCAAAGUAAUGGAAGGUCUCUUAAAGAGUUUGAGUGUAUGCCUUACCCGUCAUUAGAUGAUGUAAAUGUUUUAGAGGAUCGGUUAGUAUUGGAUGAACUUAAUUUUGAUCGUUCUUUACUUACUCAACAAUAUAUACAGUCACUAAACACCAUGACAGAUGAACAACGCACUGCAUUUGACAUUAUCAUUGAUUCUGUAAAUAAUGAUCGUGGCGGGUUUUUCUUUUUAUAUGGUUAUGGAGGAACUGGGAAGACAUUUAUAUGGAGGACUCUUUCUGCUUAUUUAAGAAGUAGUGGGAACAUUGUUCUUAAUGUUGCUUCCAGUGGCAUUGCUUCUUUAUUACUUCCUAAUGGUCGUACUGCUCACUCAAGAUUCAAGAUACCAUUAAGCAUAAAUGAGGAUUCUGUUUGCAACAUAAAGCAAGGCACUCCUCUUUCUAAGCUGAUAUGUAAGGCAAAACUUAUUAUAUGGGAUGAGGCUCCAAUGUUAAGCAAGUAUUGUUAUGAAGCUCUUGACAAAUCUUUGAAGGAUAUCCUUAGAUUUGAACCAUCAUUUAAUGCAGACCUUCCCUUUGGUGGCAAAGUUGUUGUACUUGGUGGAGACUUCAGGCAGAUUCUUCCAGUAAUACCAAUGGGCUCGCGUCAAGACAUAGUGCAAGCAUCCAUUAGUUCUUCUUAUCUAUGGCAAUUUUGCACAAUCUUAAAGCUUUCAAAGAACAUGAGGCUUACUGCUGGAGGUACUAUUGAAGUUGAUAAUGAUCUCAAAGAGUUUGCACAAUGGUUAAUUCAAAUUGGUGAUGGGUUGGCAGGUGAUUCAACAGAUGGUGAGUCUGAGGUAGUCAUCCCUAAAGACAUUCUAAUUAAUGAUACUGAUGAUGGGUUUCAGAAUUUGGUUACAUUUGUCUAUGCGGAUUUAUUGUUGAACUUGCAUAACAUUGAUUACUUCAAGGAGCGCACAAUUCUAGCACCUACGCUCGAAGUUGUGCAUGAUGUCAACAAUACAAUAAUGGAAUAUAUUAAUGCUGAUGAAAAAGUGUAUCUUAGUUCGGACUCAUUGUGUGCUGAAGAGGGCAACAUGGAAUAUGAGAUGGAUGCUAUCACAACUGAUGUGUUGAAUUCGAUAAAUUUCUCAGGCUUGCCUAGCCACCAGUUGAAACUCAAAGUUGGUGUACCUGUUAUGCUAUUGAGGAAUAUAGACCGAAGCAAUGGACUUUGUAAUGGUACUCGAUUACAGGUUCGAAGAUUAGGUAAUCAUGUCAUUGAAUGCAAUAUCUUGACAGGUGACAAGUGUGGCGAAAUAGUUCUGAUUCCACGGAUGAAUAUGUCUCGUGAUAGUGCCGACGAUUCUGACAGUAAAGGUGAUUCUACCUAUGUUGCCGAGUCUGAGUCGUCAAGUGAUACAGUGUCAGAAGAUAAGUUUGUGCCGGAAUCUCCCAGUGGCAGUGUUGGUAGGUUUCUGCUACCUCCACCUUUAGCCAUUUCUCAACUGUCGGAUGUUCCUAGCCAUUAUCAGACGUUGAACUUGGAUGCAAUACACUCGGACGAUCUUUUGAACUCUGAGGAUGGAGAGGAUUACAACAUGGAUGGUGGGGUGGAAUUCUGA